UUGUCAAGAACGUCGCAUGCUGCUGGAAUUGGUUGGUCCAGAGUUACAAUCGCUGUACGAUGAUCGCCAAAUUGAAAUUGAAAUUGUUGACAGCAUUUCGGCACAGGUAGUCUGGAUAUAACAGAAGUCGAAAGGAUCCUUAUAUAUUACAGGAUUAUUUGCAUGAAAUUGAAACAUGUGCCCAAUAUUCAAAGAGUGUUUCUUUAUGGCAUUAAUAGGCGACAGUAUUGGCCGCAUGCCAUUACCCAUACUAUUGGAUAAGAGAUUUAUGAUGCCAUUUCAACUGACACUACUUUAACACACACCGAACGACAAUUUGUUCAACAAAUGGUAUGCAUUGGACACGGAGAGUGGGCAGCAAGAGGUGAUGAGUGCUGUCGAAGGCAAUGGCAAUAUAAAAUGUGAUGAUGACACAUUGAAAAGGGUUCAAUAUAAACUCAAGCAGGACUAUCGCAAUAUGGUGCUUGAGAAAUGGCACGAAGAAUAUGUUGAAUUGCGUGACAUUAUUGAUAAAUGCCUGCAACGUAUUUUGCGCGGAGACACUAUACUGGCAACAACAAAAACAUUAACGCCUGAUAUGCAACAACAUUUGCAAAAGUUGCGACAGACACAAAUGGAACAAGAAGUACUGAAGGCAUUGGAACUUUCGAAUGAAAAAAUUCUGGCCGUUUACCGCGAAUGGUCAUCAACACAAUUAAGCGUGAAAGGUGCUGAGAGUUCGGAACGUUUGCGUACGUUAAAGGAUCAAUUGACAAUGAAUUUAUCAACAGACAAUUAUACAACAUUAGUUGUGCCGGGUAAUUGUUGUGACAGCGGCAUAGAUCCCGAUGAUGAGCAACACGAAACGUAUUUGAGUAAAUUUAAGAACAAAGUUUUCGAUAAAUUACGAAAUCUUAUAGAGGAACAUAUUGCCAAUGAUCCCGAUGUUAUAAAGGGUAGAAAAAAGACUGUACAGAAUGAAUAA